GUGUUCGCGGGAGGGAGGGGAAGGCCUAGGGAACUAAGCAGCGCUGCCGCCGCCGCCGUGCCGCCGCCGCCGCCGCCGCAGCAGCCCGAAUCGGAGGAGGGAGAAGCCAGGAAGAAAAUGGCGGCCGUGGCUGCAGAGGCGGCAGCGACUGCGGCGUCCCCCGGGGAGGGGGGCGCCGGCGAAGCCGAUCCGGAGAUGGAGCCCAUCCCCGGCAGCGAGGCGGGCACGGACCCCCUCCCGGUCACCGCCACCGAAGCGUCGGUGCCGGACGGCGAGGCCGAGGGGCGGCAGUCUUCGCCUCAGGCCGACGAGCCGCCGCCGCCGCCGCCGCCGCCGCCGCCGCCGCCACCAGGGGAGCUCGCCCGCAGCCCCGAGGCGGCGGGGCCGGAGCCAGAGCAGGAGGCGGAGGAGAAGCUGCCCGAGCGGGCGGCGGAGCCGGCGGCCACCCCGCCUCGGGAGGGGCCGGACCUCGCGCCGCCACCGCCGGCCCCUGAGGAGCGCGAGGAGGCGCCGCGGCCGCAGCCCGCAGCCCCGGCGCUCGUGCCGCCUGCGGGCGGGGACUCGGCGGUGUCGCAGCUGAUCCCCGGCUCGGAGGUGCGGGUCACGCUGGACCACAUCAUCGAGGACGCGCUCGUCGUGUCGUUCUGCCUCGGGGAGAAGGUCUUCUCCGGGGUGCUCAUGGACCUGUCCAAAAGCUUCUAUUCAUUAUCACACAAGUUCGGGCCUCAUGGGAUCCCCGUGACAGUAUUUCCCAAAAGGGAGUACAAGGACAGACCGGAAGCCACGCAGCUGCAGAGUCACACAUUCCAGGAGGGGACGGAGGGCAAGCGCGGGGCUGGGCCCGGCGAGCCCUGCAGCCCGGCGGGAAGCCUGUGGACCUCCAAGCCGCCGCCCCUCUUCCACGCUGGAGCCCCUUACCCCCCGCCUUUGUUUAUCAGGGACACUUACAACCAGUCGAUACCUCAGCCCCCUCCCCGCAAAAUCAAGCGCCCCAAGCGGAAAAUGUACCGCGAGGAGCCCACUUCCAUCAUGAGCGCCAUCAGGCUGCGGCCGCGGCAGGUCCUGUGCGACAAGUGUAAGAACAGCGUGGUCUCCGAGAAGAAGGAGAUCCGCAAGGGCGGCGGUGCGAGUGACUCUUCGAAAUACGAGGACAGAAAGCGGAGAAAUGAGAGUGUGGCUGCUGUGAACAAAAGACUGAAAACCGACCAUAAGGUGGACGGGAAAAACCAAACUGAGAGCCAGCGCAGGAGCGCCGUGGUCAAGGUGCCCGGGAUGGCGCACGGCCGAGGCCGCGUGGUCAGGGUGUCCGCCCAGGCGAGCGCGGCCAAGGCGCAGCUCGGGGCCAAGAAGGUGCUGCAGAGCAAGAACAUGGACCACGCGAAGGCGCGGGAGGUCCUGAAGAUCGCCAAAGAGAAGGCGCAGAAGAAGCAGAGCGAGACCUCCACCUCCAGGAGCGCACACGCCAAGGUGCACUUCACGCGGCGGUAUCAGAGCCCCAGCUCAGGUUCCCUCCCGCCCCGCGUCCGCUUAAAACCGCAGCGGUACCGCAACGAGGAGAACGACUCUUCCCUGAAGGCGGGACUGGAGAGGGCGCGCAGCGGCAAGGUGGCGCCCAAGCCCCCGGCGCGCUGCACCUCCACCCGCUCAGCAGGUGAGGCCCCUUCUUCCGAAAGUGCGAGCCCCUCCGAAGGCCCCGAAGAGGCCGGCAGUGAGGGUCAGGCGGCCAGUGGAGUGCAUGCGCCCGGUGGGCAGGAUGCGCUGCGGACGCCGGGCUCCGGAGGCGGCGGAGGCGCCGUGUCCGUGUUCAUGACCCUAACCCCGAAGGAGUGCGACUCGCCCAGCGCUUCGCUGUGCAGCGCCGAUAGCUCCGAGGGUUUGCGAUCCUCCAACUCCGAGUGUAGCUCUUCCGAAAGCCUUGACUUUCCUCCAGGCAGGGUGCACGCACCUUCCGCCUCCUCCACCUCCUCCUCUUCGAAGGAAGAGAAAAGGCUCAAUCAUUCCUUGAAAAUGAAAAUCUUUUCCAAAAACGUCUCUAAAUGCGUCACACCAGAUGGCAGGACCAUAUGUGUAGGGGACAUUGUUUGGGCCAAGAUCUAUGGCUUCCCUUGGUGGCCCGCCCGCAUUCUCACUAUCACGCACAGAGACAUUAGCAGCCUGCUGGUUUCAUGGACCUGUACCACAGUGACAGAGCAACAGCACAUCGGGACUGAAUGAAAUCGGAGAUUUUUAAAGCUGUACUAGGAGAGAGAUGUUAAGGCAGUGAUUAAACUAACAGUCUGUCAAGGGGCACUCGCAAACCUUACUAAACCAGAGAAAAGGUACUAGGGCCUAUGUUAUAUGAAAUAAACUUUCGCAAUGGUUGAGGCGAGGUGCAAAGUGACACGCACACACAGAUGAGAACAAACUUGAGUAACAGGUCAAGAAUCCCUGAUGGAACUUCUUUUGAAUGUGAAAUUAUUGCAGUACAAUUUGGACACACCUAAAAGGCACAGAAGGUGCAGAAGCGUGGAAGUAUCUCUUGUAUUUAAAUCGGCCUGUCCAGCAGUUGAGCCAGGAGUGAAGGCAUUUCCCAGAUGGUCUCCUGUGCAACAGCAAUAGCCGCUGAGGCCCAGCCUGCGUGUGCUGUCUCGCCGGCACAGCAUUACCCUCCGUCCUGCUGAAAGGAUGCCAGUGCCCAGCCCUCCACACACCCGAUCUGGCUCUUCUGUUUGUUUGAUAAAGCAGGGCUGUAUUAUCUUGAAUAUAUGUUUGCUUGUUAGAACAUAUUAAGAUGUAUUUAUUUGCCACUAGUAUUUAACAUUUUGUGCACAUUUUCAUAACUACAUUCUUAGCUUUCAUAUUUUGACUCCAAGUGAAUAGGCUAGUGUUGAUCUUGGAGCGAAAAUGUAUACUCCAGGAGCAAGUUCUUAAUCCUACUGAGCUGGAAGAGCUUCCCCAUCGUCUGUCCCUACUGAUGUGCCGUGUUCAGAAAAGGCGGCGGCCGCAGAGAUGCCUGGUGACCUUUCUCUCCACAGCGAGCCCUUCCUGCUAAGUGCGAGAACCCGCCUGGGUGUCUGGGAGACUUGGCCCCCGGCGUCAGUACCGACAGCCUGUACUUUUUGUGCAUCGAACAAGAAUUCUUACUAGACCUGCUUUUUCUUACCUUUGCUAAAUACAUAUUGUGGGAAACUGUAAUUUUUCUUUUUUAAUGAACAGAGAAAACACAAGAAAACCAGAUGGACCUGUUACUAGUACAUUUUUAAGGCAUUUUAUAUUUGAUGGUGCCGUACUUUUAAUAAUAAAACUGAAGUUUUUUAGUGGCAAUACUGAUUUAUUUUUUAAACCAGAAAAUUCCAUAUUGAUUACUUAUUACAAAAAACAAAAAAAAUGCCAAAAAAUGAAAAACUACAGAAUUCCUUUGAAGCAACAAAACAGGUAACAAAACACUUGGCUCUGGUGUUCAGACUCUCCACGAUCAUCCAGUGCAGGUGUGGAGUUACCUGACAGCCCUGUGCUCAGGAUUAACCAGGUUCAGGGUGAGAGUUUCAGACCACUUACUGUAGCUGACUGUGACAUGUUUUACAACUCAAGCAAGCAAGCAGCCUUGAGUCUAGUGAGCCUGAUGUCAAUUGUAAUUACACAGCAAGUAGCUUAAAAAAAAAAAGGCCUGACUGCAUUCUAAAAUAGUCUUUUGGAAAACUCUAUCAUGAAGUACAUAGAUGUAUUUUGUCAGCUUGGAAACCGUCCGCUCAGGAACUCCAGCAGCAGGGAGCUGUGAGCAUGGUUUGUACUAUGGGGUGCCCUCCCGACGCCUGGCACCAGCAGUACCUUUCGGGCUCACUUCAAGAACUCCAUAACUCCCAAGCCAUGGUGACACCACACAUGGACUGCAGGUUGAAAUUUUACAUUAAGCUUUAGAAUUCUUUAUUUGUGUAGAGUGAUGGAAGAAACUGAGAAAUAAUAGUAUAAAGACAAAAGAACUGGGAGAGAUCAGGUUUUAAAUAUCUAUUUUUCCUCAUGGCAAAUUCUCAGAGGUGUUUCGUUGCAAACCAUGUAUUCAUUUUUUAAAAAUGAAACUUGGUAUUUAAAAAUCUAGGCCUACCACAUUACAAUUUUACUUCUGUUGCUUUAGUUGCUUAAUAUUUAAGCUUUGCUUCAUGCUACCUUUUGUCUGUACUUCAAAUCUUCACGAGCCUAUUUCAUUUUGUAGACUUGAAUGACAAAAAUUGUUUCUCAUCCUAAGUAUGCUCAGAGUUCAAUGUUGAAUGUUGUGUAACCUUUAUCCAAUAAAAUCUUUGAUUUUUUUAAAAA